AUGUGUUAUAGAAAGAUUGUAGAAAAUCUGGGGGAAACAAGUGCACAAAGGCACCACAACACAGUGGAGAAACAGAUAUUUCCAGAUAUUUGUGCAUUUCAUAAUAACAGCAAUUUGGACUGCCUGCCCUUCAACGACAAGGAUACUUCUGCAUCUCAAGAGAAAUUCUUAAAAGGGAAGAGACCCCCAGUGUCCUUUGAGGAGGUAGCUGUGUCCUUCACGCAGGAGGAAUGGGCUCUGCUGGAUCCAGGCCAACGAAAACUUUUCUGGGAAGUUGUACAGGAGAACUUCGAGACUGUGGGCUCACUUGGGAACUACAGUUCCCAGAAGGACUUGGGAGCACCAGAGUGGUCCACCAUGUCUUUUCUAGGUGACCAGAGAGUGGUUUUUGCUGGAGAGAGAGGAGGAAACUUGGGGAACUUAGAAUUCAGCAGGGACUCUCUUCUUCCUCAUUCUGCCCAGCUGGAGGGAGAAUUUGGUUUUUGCUUGUCCGCAGGAAAGCAAUCCUUAAUGUCCUUCGAGGAGGUAGCCCUGUGCUUCACAGGGGAGGAAUGGGCUCUGCUAGAUCCAGGCCAAAGAAAACUCUUCUGGGAAGUGAUGGAGGAAAAUUAUGAGACCGUGACCUCUCUGGGUGCAGAUUUGAGGGAAAUGGUGGGUGAGAAGGAACCAGGAAGACUGAUUCUGGAAAAAUAUGAAGAUUUGUAUGUGGAAGCAAAAUCUGGGGAUCAAGUGGUACUAAAGAGGCAGCAGAGAAUUAAGAGGGAAGCGAAACAGAAGCAGAGGAAGGAACUGAUUGCCCAUCAGAGCAGGAAGAUGCCUGAGAUCCCAACCCAAAAUAAAGUACAGAUGAGAAAGAGAAGGCAUAAUCAUCCUGUCAAUGCAAAACUAUUUGGCUGCAAAUCCAGUGGUAAAAAAUACAAGAGUAUUAAAACAUAUUGGAAAAUGUAUAAAUACUUGGAGUGUGGAAAGAACUCCUGUUGGAACAAUGCACUAACUAGACAUCAAAGGAUGCACGCAGGGGAAAAGCCAUAUAAAUGCCUGGACUGUGGGAAGAGGUUCUAUUGGAAUAGUGAGCUAACUGUACAUCAAAGAGUUCACACAGGCGAGAAGCCAUAUAAAUGCUUGGAGUGUAGAAAGAGCUUCUCUCAGAAUGGCACUUUAACUGCACAUCGAAAGGUUCACACAGGGGAGAAGCUACAUAAAUGUUUGGAAUGUGGGAAGAGCUUUUCUCGAAAUACCUACCUAACUGCACAUCAAAAAGUUCAUGCAGGGGAGAAACCAUAUAAAUGCCUGGAGUGUGGGAAGAGUUUCUAUCGAAAUAGCCAGCUGACUGUACAUCGGAGAGUUCACACAGGGGAGAAGCCAUAUAAAUGCUUGGAGUGUGGGAAGAGCUUCUCUCAGAAUGGCCACCUAAUUGAACAUCAAAAGAUUCACACAGGUGAGAAGCCAUAUAAGUGCUUGGAGUGUGGAAAGAGCUUCUCUCAGAACAGUAACCUAACUAAACAUCAAAAGGUUCACACAGGGGAGAAGCCAUAUAAAUGUUUGGAAUGUGGGAAGAGCUUCUCUCGCAAUGGCACUCUAAGUAGGCAUCAAAAAGUUCACAUCGGGGAGAAAGUAUAUAAAUGCUUAGAGUGUGGAAAGAGCUUCUCUCAGAGGAGCCACCUAGCUGCACAUCAAAAGGUUCACACAGGGGAGAAGCCAUAUAAAUGCUUGGAAUGUGGGAAGAGCUUCUCUCGUAAUGGCACUCUAAGUAGACAUCAAAAGGUUCACACAGGUGAGAAGCCAUAUAAAUGUUUGGAGUGUGGAAAGAGCUUCUCUCAGAAUGGCCAUCUAACUUCACAUCAAAAGGUUCACACACGGGAGAGGUCGUAUACAUGGCUGGAGUGUGGGCAGAAGCCUUACCUUAUAUCACAAGAGUCACACAGGGGAAUAGCCGUCAAAUCUCAAGAUGUGGGAAACCAGUUAAAGUGGCUGACCUUUCCAGAUUGUGGUCAUGAUAUGUUUUAUGGUACCUGGCCUUGA